UUUGAAACGCGGCUCCGCGCGUACGCGCAUGCAGGACAGGUAGCGGCUGAGUACAGGGUGAUUUGUGAGACGGUGGAGCUGACUGUGAUGGCCUCCUGAUGCCAGUUAAACAAGUGUCUCAACACCCUCAGAUCACAGACAGUGUAUUAUACUUAUAGACCCUCUCCUCCGUUCAAGUCAGUAUUUUAUCAUGGAGGCCAGGGGAAAGUAUGACUUCAAUGGCACAGCAGAAGAUGAGCUGAGCUUCAGGAAAGGAGACAUUCUGAAGAUCCUAGGAUCUCAAGACGACUGGUUCAAGGCAGAGCUACACGGUCAUGAGGGCUUCGUACCAAAAAACUAUGUUGAAAGGCAAACGCCGAGCUGGUUCAAAGAGACCGCCAGUCGUGGCUCGGCUGAGGAGAUGCUAAUAUCCCAAGAGGUGGGUGCUUUUCUGAUCCGUGGCAGCCAGAGUUCCCCUGGAGACUUCUCCAUCUCAGUCAGACACGAGUAUGAUGUACAGCAUUUUAAAGUUAUGAAGGAUAAAUCGGGCCAGUACUACCUGUGGACGGAUAGGUUUACAUCUCUAAACAAGCUUGUGGAGCAUUACAAGAUCACCUCCAUAUCCAAGCAGAGGGAGAUCUUCCUAAGGGAUGGAAGUGGAGAUGAGCCAAGAGCACCUCCACCUUUAAAGAGUCAACCAGAAGUGCGGCCUCCCCCAGGUGGUGGUUAUGGCGGUCCACAAACCUCAUCACAACACCGCAACACAACAGAUCAAACUCACAACCAGAAGAGUAAGAGAGGAAGUGUUGAGGAGAAAGCUAACACUGUGGGUCACCAAGGGAGGAACAGUCCAGCCCCUCGGCGAACCUCUGAAACUUUGCCUUCUCCGAGGUCAACCAUACAGGUGAGAGCUGUCUAUGACUUCACUGCAGAGGAAGAUGACGAGUUGGGCUUCAAUGCUGGUGACAUCAUUGAAGUACUGGACCGUUCAGAUGCAUCGUGGUGGAAAGGCCGAUUGCGCGGCAGGACUGGACUUUUCCCUGUCAAUUACACAGAUCAGAUCUGAUAUCUUCCGACUGCCUGGAGGUGUGGAAUCACCAUAUACUAAAUCCAUCGUACUCUCGCCAAAUGCCUGCCUAUAAUGUAUGGACUGGUUGAUUAAUUUUAAAUUCGUUUUAUAAAGCUGGCUGCAGAACAUUUGAAGAGAAGUGAGAAAAAG